UAAAAAAAUACAGUGAGACGCGCAUCCAUUUUAAACGCAUCAGUUCGGAGAUUAUUCAAUUCCCAUUUAACGAAAAGAAGAUUGAGAACGAACUUUCAUUGAAAACAAACACAGUUUAAUACCCGCUUCAUUUAAAAUUGUGGAAGCUUUUCGAAUUUCGGUCAAAUAAAUUAGUUUGAAAAUACAAUGGAAGUGAUUGAAGGUAUUUCAGGAAGUGAUUACGAAUUUGAUAUAAAUCCAAAGAAAGUAUGUCGUUUGUGUUUAUCACAACCACCGAAUCUACAAAAUAUUUUCUCCAAUUCUAUUGUGGAUGGUUAUAUUAUUAGUAUUCCAGACAUGUUGGCAUUUACGGUUGAUAUAACUGUUGCGACAGAUGACAAACUGCCUAGUAAAAUUUGCAUCGAUUGCAAAAAGCAAAUUGUUACUUUCUACACAUUCAAACAAAAAACUAAACGAACUGAACAGUCACUAAUUUCAAUGUUUUCAUCCGACACAAAUACCGUACAAGACGUACAUGUCAUUCCAGAUUCGAUUCAAUGUUCAUUUUGUUACGCUACAUUUGAUACAGAAAAUGCGUUUAUUCAACAUGCACAACAAGACCAUCAGGAUAUUGAUAUUUUUGAAAUGGAUGAUACAAGUGAAAAAAUGAUAAAAUCCUAUUCUAAAGGACAAGAAAUUGAGUUUUACGACUUUGAUGCGAUUGGAAACGCAGAAAAUAGCAGUGAAACUGAGAUCACUGCAGAAGGUAUUCAAAUUGAGGAAACUGACGUGUUGACAGCCGAAGAAGAACAAUUCGUAGCACCAGCUCGUUUAGAACGAUCUCGGGCGUCCAGUUCAAAGACGACAAAAUAUGAGCCAUCGAAAGUGAAUCGUCCUCGACAAACUGAAAAAACAUCAACAUCAACAUCAAAAAUGGUUUUUAAAACUGAAGUCAAUGAUUUUGACGAAAACAUUGAUAUUAACGAUGACUACGAGCAAACUGGUAGUGAAUCGCUGGAUUUAUACGAAUUUCAAUGUGAAGGUUGUAACAAGCUCUACGACGAUGAAGAGCAACUAUUGCAGCAUGAUUGUGAAGCAAACGAUGUGAACGACGAGGAUUUGAUUUGUGUUCCCUGCAACAAAAAAAUGAAAUCAACGGCACAAUUACGACAACAUAACAAAAUGCACGAUUCGAUGAGUUUAAUCAUAACCUAUCUAGACUUUUUCCCAUGUCAUGAUUGCUGCUUGCUUUUUCUAAAUAAAGAACGUCUAAAUAAACACAAUAAAUACUCACAUCCAGAAAAGAAUGCCAAAUCAUUGGUUGGUUUGUCCGAAAAAAUUGAUGAAUCCUGCACAGAUUAUCAAUUUCUUGAUGAAGAGAAACAAUUAGAUUUCAAAGAAGGUGAAGUAUAUUCCUGUGGUGAGUGCAGUCAAUCGUUUCAGACCAUCAACGAAUUAAAAGUACACGUGAUUUCACAUGCGUCUAAAUACGAAUGUCCAAUAGAGGAAUGUGGGUGUCAGUAUGACCAACUAAGUAGACUUUCAAUUCAUGUGCUUAAUAAACACAUCAAUACAAAAAAUUUACAAUGUUUACAUUGUAGCAAAGCAUUUAAAACGUAUGAUGACCUUCAAAGUCAUCAAAGACUUUAUUGCAAGGAAAAAAAAUUCAAAUGCAACGAAUGCGAUAAAAAAUUCUUUUCAAGAAAGGCCUUGAUUACACACUUGCGAACAUUGAAAGAAAAGAAAUUUAAGUGCAAACUGUGUGGAAAAACGUUCAAGCAAAUGGGGGAGUUGACUAUCCACACACGCUCACACACGAACGAACGUCCAUUCAAAUGCACAAUUUGCAAUAAAUCGUACAAGACAAGUAGUAUGCGAGCAGCUCACAUGGAUUCACAUAUCAGCGGCAAAACGUUCGAGUGUACACAAUGCGACAAAAAGCUACAGUCCCGAACGAGUUAUCGAAAUCAUAUGAAGCGUCACACAGAAGAAAAAAAGCAUGAAUGCUUAAAUUGUGGGAAAAAAUUCUUUACGCGGUACCAUUUGCGGCUACAUCAAUCAAAGAUCCAUAAGGGAGUUGUAAGUGAGGAUACUAACGGUGGUGGACUUACACAACUCAUAGACGAUGACAGCACAAUGAUUGUUUUUGAAUAAAACCCAUGAAACAUUUUUUUUAUUGUAAUUGAAAUAAUAAAAACCAUGUAAAUAAAUAUAUAGUCGACUUUAA